UCCUUAGAGAGAGUUGUCUCGCGCCCCUAGGUAUUCUCUACCUACCCACCUGUGUCGGUUUCGGGUACAG